AUGAAGAAAUCCGUCUCUCUCAGUAGUCGGACAAAGAGAAGAAAAAUUAAAGAAGAGUUAGACUAUUUCAAUCCUCUUUCAAACACCUACAACCAUCAUAUUAUUCCUCAACAAUUAUUUUUGGAAUCUAAUCUACUUAACGAAAUACCAAUCUCUAACUCAAAUUCACCUAACUGUCAGGAUAAUAUUUCAUUUACAACAGUAGAUAGACUUCCAGAAGAAUUAAAUGAAUCACAACAUUUUGAUUUCUUUAACUACAAUAUUGAUUCUCUUCAGAGUUCUCUUCCUACAGACACAUCUGACACUGAUGAUUCUAAUAACUUAUUAUCUAGUACAUCAUUUAUGAUAAGUAAUGAAUUAGCUCAAUGGGCAAUACUUUACAACAUUUCUCAUAUUUCCUUAAAUGCUCUUUUAAGUAUUCUUCGAAAACAUGAAUGUUUUAUUACAUUGCCCAAAAGUAGCAAGACAUUAUUACAAACUAAACCUAUUUCUUUAGAAAAUAUGGGGGUCGUCGAUCCUGGUAAAUACUACCACUUUGGUCUUAAAAAUGGAAUUGUUCGUCAUUUACCAUAUUAUAAUAAUUGUAUUUUAGAGCAAGAAUUAAAACUUGUUAUUGGUAUUGAUGGACUUCCCAUUCAUAAAAGCUCUUCUCUACAGUUUUGGCCAAUUUUGGCUUACAUAAGACCAAAAUCUGAUCUCGUUUUUCCUGUGGGACUCUACUGUGGGAACCAAAAACCUUCAGACAGCAAUGACUACUUAAAAGAUUUUGUAGAUGAAGCAAAAUAUUUAGUAUUGAAUGGUAUUCAACUGAAAGAUAAACUGUACAAAGUUAAAAUUGAUGCAAUUUGUUGUGAUAUGCCAGCAAGGUCGUUCGUUUUAAAAAUUAAAUCCCAUACUGGAUAUAAUUCAUGCCCACGAUGUGAAAUUGAAGGAUAG